AUGGUUGCCGGCUUAUUGGUAGUAGAAGUGAGUGCACUAUUUUUCCUGACGCUGUUAUUGCUGAAUAAAUAUAGUAAUUGGCGACAACAGCAUUUCAUUGUAACAAUCUCAACGUUUAUUGGCUGGUUCUUCUCUUUCAUUAUUAUCUUUAUUUUACCGUUGGAUAUUGCUAUCACAUUUUAUAAUCGUUGCCUACUGGAAGAAGCACAGUUAUCAGCUGAGAAAGAUUUGAACAUUGAUAAUAUCACAGACCCAGUAUGCAGAAAACCGAUUGGCUUUGUGCCGAAUCAAGUUUUGUUACGAUUAUGGCGUGUUGUUUAUUGGACAGCACAACUACUCACAUGGAUUGUAUUACCUUUGAUGCAGAGUUACUCAGAUGCUGGUGAUUUUUCAUCACUUGGUAAAUUACGCUCUGCUGUAUACAACAAUGCUGUAUAUUACGCAACUUAUCUUACUGUUUUCUUCAUGUUAAUAGUUUAUGCUUUUGUAAAGGGAAUGUUGUUAAAUGCGGAAUAUUUGAAAGUAAUUCUUAUUUCUGCUUCUAAUACUUGGGGUUUAUUUUUAUUGGUGAUUCUGCUAGGCUAUGGCCUAAUAGAAGUUCCACGACAGUUUUGGCAAAUGGGAAGUCGAGAUUAUCGGCUAAAUAAAACGUAUUUUGAUAUAGAUAAACUAUCGACAGACAAAAACGACGCCGAGGAUACCGUUCGAGAGGUGUAUAAGGAAGCUCGAAGCGUUUUGACACUGCUGUGUAAUGAGCAUACAUUACGAAAACAUGCACAGACAAUUGUGGCAAAAUUUCCACCAGAAUUGAUCUCACAAAUUACUUCGAGAUCGAAUGACGGUUUUUCAACAGACUCCGAUAUCGCACCAAACAGUGAAGGUUUCAUUGCAAACGAAAAGUAUUUGGCAAGUUUUAUACAGUUGCAUAAACGUGUUAUUAGUGCCAUACAAAAUCAUCAUAGAAGACAGGCACAAUGGAAUGCGUUAAUACUUCGAGCCUUAUAUUUGGAAGAUGUUCAGCAGGCCGAAAUGAUAGGCCAGUUUGUCAGAACUAAGGGACGUCAGACAGAUUUUUUCCACUGCCCAUCUCGUGUUUGCUUUUUGUGGCAUGUAUUUUACAAGAGGACUUUGUUGAAGAUUCUCGGACUUUUCUUUUACGUGAUAACUGGGUUUGUAAUGUGGAGUGAAUGCACUUUUUUCAUCGUACAUCCACGACUUUCAUUAGCAGCUCUUAUUGUUCAUUAUGUGGCACACGGUUAUCAUUAUCUUCAUAUUCAGAUCUAUGCAACUGUAAUCAUAUCUUAUCUUUGUAUCUGUGCAUAUUAUACAGUGUUUAAAUUGCGAAUCUAUCGGUAUUACCAUCUGGACCCUCACCAUAUGACCGAUGAAAAUAGCCUAUUGUUUAGCGCUAUCUUGCUAUGCCGCUUAACUCCGCCAAUAUGUCUUAACGUGUUGGGAAUGAUUCAUCUUGACUCACAUAUUACUUCAGAUAUGGCAUUUGGAGUCGAGACACAGUUUACAAAAUUGAUGGGUCACUUAGAUUUAAUACCAGUUCUGGCAAAAGGAAUCAAUAUCUAUCUUCCCAUACUAAUUGUUUUACUUGCCAUGGGGACUUGGUUCAAAUUAGGAACUCGACUACUGCACUUGCUUGGUAUCGAUCAGUUUGUUACCGAUGAUGAAAUGACUGUGGAAUUGGUUAACGGUGGAAAAGCUCGUGUUUCAUUGGAGCGUAAUAAGAUAAUGCGUGCUGCUUAUCGCGAAGAAAGAGAUCAGUAUUGGGCGGAAAAGUUGACAAUGAACACAGCUUCAGAUCACGGAGCACUUAAAAGUGGAAUUGGUAUUUCCCAACCAGAUUAUCGGUUUCCAGGCAUUCGCGAAUAUAGUGAUCGCGAGCCAAUCAUGGCAGCUGACAUUAGAGAAGAGUAUUCAUCAUUCGAUUUAACCGGUAAUAGAAGUUAUAAUUUUUCCGGUGCGCAUCCUCCACCAAACAUGUUCGAUGAUCUUUGA